AUGGACCGUGGCCUAUACAACAUAGUUGUUCUUCUCGAUUUAAAGAAAGCAUUCGAUACUGUCAACUAUGAAAUUCUUUUACGUAAGUUCGAACGGUAUGGCUUUGGAAAUAAAGCCCUAGAUUUACUAAGUAAUUGCUUAACAAAUCGAACACAAAGAUGUCAGCUAAAUGGAAUGCUUUCAGAUCAGAGAGGAAUAACUUGCGGCAUCCCUCAGGGAAGUAUACUUGGCCCUCUUCUGUUUAUUAUCUAUAUAAAUGAUUUGCCAAAUUGUCUCAAACAUACAACACCAAGGAUGUUUGCAGACGAUACCGGCCUUACAGCUGUGGGCAAACGUUAAAUGAAGCAGAAGAGAUAGCGAAUAAGGAUUUGAAAAAUAUUAAAGUGUGGUUGUCUUCAAACAAACUUAGCUUAAAUAUUGCGAAAACGGAAUAUAUUUUGAUUGGAUCACGUUCUAAGAUUAAUAGCAUGGAUGUCCAACCCACAGUUAAGAUUGACACAUGUCCAAUCAAAAGAGUAAAAAGCGCAAAAGUGCUAGGAGUUGAAAUCGAUGAGAACCUAAACUGGGAAAAACAUAUUGAAUAUAUCGCUAGUAAAGUAUCUUCGGGGAUUGGUGCGUUAAAAAAACUUAAAGAAUUUGUAGACCGAGAUACAUUAGUGCAGGUGUAUAAUGCAUUGAUCCAGCCCCAUUUUGAUUACUGUUGUGAGGUUUGGGAUGAGCUUGGCAAAGGCCUCGGCGAACGACUUCAAAAAUUGCAAAAUCGAGCGGCUAGAGUAAUUAUGAAUUUUAAAAAUGAGCAUGGACAGUCUAUCUUAGCUCGUACUGCUCUUGGUUGGACAUCCCUUGAAGAACGUAGAGCAUUAAUGAAGGCCAAACUCAUGUACAAAACAGUAAAUCAAUUAGCUCCACAAAGACUGUGUAACAUUUUCCAAUCUUCCAAAACUGUAAAUAGUUAUAAUUUAAGAGGUUCUUCAACUGGGCUUUUUAUUCCAAGGCCCAGGACAGAAUUUUUUAAAAAAGUUUCAGUUACAGUGGGGCUAAAUUAUGGAAUAGAAUACCAGAAAAUAUUCGAAAUUCGAUAUCUCACAAUUCGUUUUCUAAAAACCUUUUCUCCUCGCCCUCGGCCUUAUUAAUUUAAGUAGUUUAUUUAAAUGAAUAUUUAAUAGAUUUAUAUAAUAAUAGUUUGUAUGUAUUAAUCAAUUAGUUUUUAAAUUUUAAAACAAUUAGCCAGCACACCUCUCAUGGAAAUCAGCUUAGUGUUGAAUGGGACUAGUGUGUUUAAAUAAAGUUUAUCUAUCUAUCUAAGGUUCCUCACUCGGAAGACAAGGUUCCUCAGUGUAAAGCCAGGUUCCUCAAACUGAGGACAAGGUUCCUGAAUCUGACGACAAUGUUCAUCACUCUGAAGGCAGGUACCACACUCGAAGGACAAGGUUCCUCACUCUGAGGACAAGGUUCCUCACUCUGAGGACAAGGUUCCUCAAUCUGAGGACAAAGUUCCUCACUCUGAGGACAAGGUUCCUCACUCUGAGGACAACGUUCCUUACUCUGAAGACAAGGGUCCUCACAAUGAGGACAAGGUUCCUCACUCUGAAGACAAGGUUCUUCACACUGAGGACAAGGUUCCUCACACUGAGGACAAGGUUCCUAACUCUGAGAACAACGUUCGUCUGUCUGAGGACAAGGUUCCUCACUCUGAGGACAAGGUGCUUCACACUGAGGACAAGGUUCCUCACUCUUAG